CUUCGCUUAGCGAGCUUAAUUGCUUACAUGGAAGAGUAUGCUGGAUCAUCAUCGUCGUCAGCGUCACCUCUUGUCACAUCGCAACGCUCGCCCCCAUUUGUUAAUGAGCGGGCAUCAUCAAACGCACUAAAAGAAAUACCUACAGCAGGCACUGACAAAACUGAAGAUAAUCAAGUAUUCGGAAUUCGAGUGACCGAUGCACCUGUAAGAUUUCCUCAAACUGUCAAGCCAGAUGUUAGCGCCAUGGGAACUUCAACCAGACUGGUACCAAGCCGCCAAUAUCCAGAUAUAGUACCGGUUAUUCCGCCACUGAUAACAUCGGCAAAAAAUAAGGAAGCUGGUGUUGUUUUGAGUAUUGGUGAGAAACUACGCACCAUGAUGGUGAACAAACGAGAUUCAGCUGGUGAUUACGAAGCUUCAGCAGCUGAUGCUAGGCGAAAAAUGCGUGGACGCAACAGGAUCAAGAGAGGCAGUCUGUCAAGUUUGGAAAAGAAUUUGCUCAGAGAGGAUGAUCACGAGAACAAAAGAACAUUCAGCGCCAUCAUGCGCCAGAGAUCGGCGCCAAGUGACGAAGAGCCAGCAAACGGUGGAGCAUUCGGAGGAAAGCACCGGGAUAAGGGCCAUCUGGACAAAACAUCGACUUGCGAAGAUCCUUUUGUCGAUCCUGACGCCAAAGCUGCUGGUCGGAAACGACGACAUUCGCUAUUUACGAGGCAUCGAAGCAGCGCCGCUUAUCUGCAGAAGGACGACAAGGGAAGUACGCUGUACAGAGACAACAUUUAG